CUCCCAAUGAACUGCUGUCUUGCUGGAGGGUUGGCUUUGGGCGGAAGCGGGUUUGUAGCCUCGGAGGAGCGAGAUGGGGGUGAAGCUGGAGGUGUUUCGGAUGACGCUGUACCUCACCUUCCCUGUGGCUAUGUUCUGGAUUGCCAAUCAGGCCGAGUGGUUUGAGGACUAUGUCAUACAGCGCAAGAGAGAGCUGUGGCCACCUGAGAAGGAGGACCAGCGCCAAGAGCUAGAAGAAUUCAAAGAGAGGAUACGGAAGCAGCGGGAGGAGAAGCUCCUUCGGGCUGCCCGGCAGAGCUCCUGAGCCUCCAAGUGCCUGAGCCCAGCCCCUCCACCCACCAAAUAACACACACACGGUUCCUCGUUGUC